UUUACGAGUGGAUUUGAUUGUGGAGUGUAGAGUAAUAUUGUUUAAAAAGUUUUAUAAAAUCUUAUCCUUGUAUUAAGUUAAAAUAUAAAAAUAUUGUAAUAAUUGAUUGUCCUUUAACUCAGUAGUGUAAUAACAACUCGGUAACAAUGCCGCGAAUAAUGAUAAAAGGUGGCGUUUGGCGGAACACGGAGGAUGAAAUACUUAAAGCGGCGGUGAUGAAAUAUGGGAAAAACCAAUGGUCCCGUAUUGCGUCUUUGCUGCACCGUAAGUCGGCUAAACAGUGUAAAGCGCGAUGGUACGAAUGGUUGGACCCCAGCAUCAAGAAGACGGAAUGGUCGCGCGAAGAGGACGAGAAGUUACUGCACCUCGCCAAGCUGAUGCCCACUCAAUGGAGGACCAUUGCCCCCAUCAUCGGCCGUACCGCCGCACAAUGUUUGGAGCGAUACGAAUAUUUACUGGAUCAAGCUCAAAAAAAAGAAGAGGGAGAGGAUAUGGGAGAUGAUCCACGAAAGUUGAAACCUGGAGAAAUUGAUCCCAAUCCUGAGACCAAACCUGCAAGACCUGACCCCAAAGACAUGGACGAAGAUGAGUUGGAAAUGCUAUCUGAAGCUCGAGCACGUUUAGCGAAUACCCAAGGGAAGAAAGCUAAAAGGAAGGCACGUGAAAAGCAACUGGAAGAAGCUCGCAGGCUAGCUGCUCUGCAGAAACGUAGGGAACUGAGUGCUGCUGGUAUUUCUGUUCCAAUGAGGCGCAAAAAGAAGCGUGGCGUUGAUUACAACUCGGAAAUACCGUUUGAGAAGAAACCGGCGUCAGGAUUCUAUGACACUUCCACUGAAGUAGUGGACCCUAUGGCGCCGGACUUCUCCAGGCUACGACAGCAACAUCUCGACGGCGAAUUGCAUUCCGAAAAAGAAGAGAGGGAACGUCGAAAGGAUAAGCAGAAGUUAAAGCAACGUAAGGAAAAUGAUGUACCCCAAGCGAUGCUGCAAGGCGAUGAGCCAGCUAAAAAGCGAAGUAAGCUUGUGCUACCUGAGCCACAGGUUUCAGAUCAGGAGCUCCAACAAGUGGUGAAGCUAGGCCGCGCGUCAGAGGCGGCGCGCGAAAGUGCAGGCGAGGCGGGCGCGGCCACGGACGCCUUGCUCGCGCACUACGCGCUCACGCCCGCGCCCGCCACUGCACUGCGCACGCCCGUAGACCAGCAGGACAGAAUCCUUAUGGAAGCGCAGAAUGUGAUGGCUCUGACCCACGUGGAUACACCGCUGAAGGGCGGUCUCAACACCCCGCUGCACGAAUCUGACUUCUCGGGUUCACUGCCCCAAUCACAAGCUGUGGCCACGCCUAACACAGUACUCGCCACACCGUUUAGAUCAUCACGCAGUGAAGCGUCGACGCCGGGAAGCUUCGCAACUCCCGGACAGGGCGCGGGACACACAGGACUUUUGACUCCAGGACUGCGUGACAAGCUGAGUAUUAAUCCAGAAGACCGAAUGAGCACGGGUGACACUCCACAGCAAUUGAACCAUGUACAAAAACAGUUGAAAGCGUCAGUGCGUAACGCGCUACAGUCGUUGCCGGCGCCGCGGAACGAUUAUGAGAUCGUGGUUCCGGAUCAUGAAGAAGACAGCGGGGAGGCCUCCGCUACCGGCCUUGUGGAAGACCAAGCCGAUGCUGAUGCACGCUUGUAUAGAGAACAGGAGGAGAAACGGAUGGCGGCCCGCGCGCUUCGCUCGGCGGCAGUGCAGCGCGGCGCGGCGCGGCCGGCGGACGUGAACGCGAGCGUGGUGCGCGCGGGCGGCCCGCUCACGCCGCUACAACGCGCAGAGGAGUUGCUCAAGGCCGAGAUGCUCACCAUGCUGCACUACGACGCGCUGCACGACCCGCCGCCAGGUGUGGAAAAAAAGCGAGCCGUACAACUGCAAGCGUCGCACCUGGCUUAUCUGGAACAGCAUCCGUACGACCAGUUCACGUCGGAGGAGCUGGCCGAGGCGAAGCAGGAAUUGCAAAAAGAGAUGGAAGUGGUGCGAGCCGGCAUGGGGCACGGCGACCUCGGCAUCGAUGCGUACACGCAGGUGUGGGAGGAGUGUCUCGCACAGGUUCUUUUCCUGCCGGGUCAAAACAGAUAUACGCGCGCUAAUCUGGCCAGCAAAAAGGACAGAUUGGAGUCCGCGGAGAAGCGGUUAGAACAAAAUCGUAACCACAUGGCCAAAGAAGCUAAAAAGUGCUCCAAAAUGGAAAAGAAGUUAAGAGUUCUCACAGGUGGUUAUCAAAGUAGGACUGCAUCGCUAAUAAAGCAGUUUCAAGAGUUGCAAGAUCAGAUCGAGCAAUCAAAUUUAGAAUUGUCAACUUUCAAGUUUUUAGCUGAACAAGAGAAAGCCGCCAUUCCACGGAGGAUAGAGUCGUUAACGGAAGAUGUAAAUAGACAAACAGAACGUGAAAAACAACUUCAGAAGCGUUACUCUGAGCUACAAGCCGAGCUAGAAGACAUACACAAGGGACGUAAAAGCAAAGAAGUAGAAGCAAAAUUUUAGAGAAACGACACUGAUAUAAUCGUUCACAAUUUUUUAAGUGAAACUUAAAUACAAAAGCAGGCCUACUUCGCUCCGCAUUUAUGGCAAGAAACCUACAAAGUCGGUGCUAAUAUAUGGAGCUAUGCCUCAUUAGUGCGUUGCGACGUCGCAGCGUCGACACUACGACGUUUUUAUAUAUAUUAAACGACAUGUCACUUUCAUCUAUCAUCCGCAAAGUAAAGCCUGCUUCUAGCCAA